AUGGCAGAAGUUCAAAACUCCAACCCUACCAUCCUCAGUGCCGCAGAUCUGCCCACGCGAUCACGGUCCUCGGAAAAGAAGCAAGGCGAUCAUGAGCUCGGCAUCUUCGCCGCAGUUCCCCAAUCCACCGAUUUCCUCUCCUCGGAUUCAGAAGGUGAUGAAGAUUUGCUCGAGGAACCCAUUGAUGAACAAGAAAUAUAUGAUCUCAUCAAAAACAUCUCCGACCCCGAACAUCCCCUGUCCCUCGGCGAAUUAGCCGUCGUCUCACUACCAGAUAUAUCCAUCCAACCCACUCUCCCCACGGUCCCCAACUCGCCCCUCCAAACGGUCACCGUGCUGAUCACUCCCACCAUCACGCACUGCAGUUUGGCCACCGUGAUUGGACUUGGAGUCCGAGUCCGGUUGGAGCAGUCCCUUCCACCCCGCUUCCGGGUUGACGUGCGCAUCAAAGAAGGCACGCAUAGUACUGGGGACGAGGUGAAUAAGCAGCUGGGGGAUAAGGAACGGGUCGCAGCGGCGUUGGAGAAUGGGGCCUUGAUGCAGGUCAUUGCCAAAAUGAUGGAGACUUGUCAAUGA